GACCUACAUGGCAUUUCUUUUGGCAUUUACUUGACUUUCUUGUCUUUCUCCAUCUCUUUCCUUUUCGCUAAGUCAUCAAAUCAUACCCAAUUUUCUUGGUUCUCCUAUUUUCCAUUUUUUUCUUCAGCAUUCUGAGAAGAUUCUUCUAAAGUUUUCCAAUGGAGAGUGACAAGAUGGAAGAUUAUGAAGUGAUACAGCAGCUUGGAAGAGGAACAUUGGGUGCCACUUUUCUUGUUCUCCAUAAAACUCAGAAACAACGGUGUGUGCUGAAGAAGAUUCGGUUCUCUAAGCAAACAGAUAAGUCACAGCUAUCAUCAGCACCCCAAGAGGUAAACCAUCUGAAUGCGGUCAAGAGUAGAAGAAAUUAUUUCCUCUGCACAGACACAAUGAACCUGAUUGCAAAACUAAGUAGCCCUUAUAUUGUGGAGUGCAAAGAUGCUUGGGUAGAAAAGGGGGACUAUGUAUACAUUAUAUCUGCUUAUUGUGAAGGAGGUGACAUGGCUCAGUAUAUAAAGAAAGCCCGAGGAUCAUUCUUCCCUGAGGAGAGAGUUUGCAAAUGGAUGACUCAGUUGUUGCUAGCUGUGGACUACCUGCACUCCAAUCGAGUACUCCACAGAGAUCUUAAGUGUUCCAACAUACUCCUCACGAGAGACAAUAACAUUCAGAUAGGUGACUUUGGUCUUGCAAAGCUACUUAAUAAAGAAGACCUUCCUUCCCCGGUUAUUGGAACUCCAAACUACAUGUGUCCUGAGCUUCUAGAUAAUAUACCUUACGGUUAUAAAUCCGAUAUAUGGACCCUUGGUUGCUGCAUGUUUGAAAUCGUCGCACAUCAACCAGCAUUUCGUGCUCCGGACAGGGCAGGACUAAUCAAUAAAAUAAAUAGAUCCUCCAUUUCUCCAUUUCCAAUUGUUUACACUCCCACACUGAAACAACUGAUUAAAAGCAUGCUGAGGAGAAAUCCAGAACAUAGACCUACAGCAGCCGAGUUAUUAAGGCAUCCUCAUUUACUACCUUAUGUUCUUCGCUGUCGCAAUGCAUCGCCUGUUUUUCUUCCGGUACAUCUCAUAAAUAGUAGCCCAAAGGAUAAAACAAAGCAAUCUCCCAAAAAAUCUAGUGGUGGCAGAGAUCAUAGAGAAAAACAAGAAGGAUUUGCAAAUCAUAUGGAGCAAGUUCGUCUUAUUGAGGGAAAUGCGGAGGUACAUGUAACUAAUCAUCAUAAUGAUGGCAAACUAACAGUCUCGACAAGUGCCGAAGACUUCCUUGAAACCAAGAUGGUUGAUCCUACCAGCUACACGAUGGAAACUGCAGCCAGUGUUAGUGGCUCGAAAGAUGGGUCAAUUACUUCUGAUUCAACCAUUUGCAGUGUGUGCAAGGAAGCAGACUUUAAAGGUAGACUUGCGAAGGAAGCAACAGAAAGUGAGAUCACAUCAAAGAGUACACUAGAUUCUGUGAAUGUGGAACAAGGAUUUGCUGCUGAAAAUUUUCUCCAGUCAGAUUCAGUUAAUGUAACUACAGCAGCCACAAAAAUCGAAGACACUCUUCCCAAACCCAUGGACUCCUGUAAAUCAAUAAUGUCUAGUCAAGACAGUACUGUCGGCAAUGAUAAAGAUGACUUUGUCAACGAAGAAAGAUCAUCCCCAGUUUUGCAGCCGGUCAGGCUCGAGAAAGACACCGAAUCUGAUGGCAGCUUAAAGAAAAGUGAAAACCAUGAUGCAUUUACUGAAGUCUCACAUUUGGACUGCUUGUCAUCUGCAAGUAACGAUACACUUCCCGGCAAGGAUGAAGGUGUUGCAACCACAGCUGCGCAUAAAGAAGGCAGUAAUGCUGCAGUAGUUGUUGAUAAAACGACAAAUGGCAUUUCUUUAAGCAGACCUACUUCAAAAGGUGGGGACGGAACAACAAAGAGCGUGUUGAUUAAUAGAUCCCAGAACAGAGCUGAUGCUCUGGAAGCUUUGCUUGAGUUAUGUGCUCAGCUGCUUAAACAAGGGAAACUUGAUGAACUGGCUGCUGUGUUAAGACCAUUUGGAGAAGACACUGUCUCAUCAAGAGAAACAGCAAUAUGGCUGACAAAGAGUCUUCUUUCAUCACAGAAAUUUAAUUCAGAAACCUAAUAUGGGAGGUAGUUCUCAUUAGUUACCUUCUUUCAUUUCAAAAUAAUUCUACGUUUGGACAAAGCAGUACAUUAAGAACUCAGUACAUCUGAAUAGAAUAUCAGAUAUAUUGGUUUUUUAAUGUGAUAUGUUGUCCAAAUUAAUUAUAAUUGUUUUGAAUUGAAGGGAAUACAUUAUUGUAGGAAAUGUGUAUUGAUUGGUACACGAGCUUGCUUCUAUGAGACAGUGGUUUGCUUGAAGAUUGGAGAUUUGAAAAAUAACAUCCCACAAAUUUCUUUA